AUGACGGAAAGACAUGCACCUAAAGCAGCAGCAGUUGGAAAUGGUAAUGGGCCUCAUCAUGAUCGAAGUUGUGUUUAUGACCAGAGCAAUAUAGUAGAUGGAGUUUACUGCCUCCCAAUAGCACACUGGAUUGAAGUCUCUGGACAUACUGAUGAGAUGAAACAUACAACUGACUUCUAUUUUAAUAUUGCAGGACAUCAAGCUAUCCAUUACUCCAGAAUUCUGCCAAACAUCUGGCUGGGAAGUUGCCCUCGGCAGCUGGAGCACGUGACUGUCAAGCUGAAGCACGAGCUGGGUGUUACAGCUGUGAUGAACUUCCAGACCGAAUGGGACAUUGUUCAGAAUUCCUGGGGCUGCAACCGCUACCCAGAACCCAUGAGCCCCGAAAUCCUCAUGAGACUGUAUAAAGAGGAAGGUCUGGCUUAUGUCUGGAUGCCAACCCCAGACAUGAGCACUGAAGGAAGAAUACAGAUGUUGCCACAAGCUGUCUGCCUCUUGCACGGGCUGCUGGAGAAUGGACACACUGUCUAUGUUCAUUGCAAUGCUGGCGUUGGCAGGUCUACAGCUGCUGUCUGUGGCUGGCUGAAGUACGUGAUGGGAUGGAGCCUGAGGAAAGUGCAGUACUUCUUGGCUUCCCGGAGACCAGCUGUCUACAUUGACGAGGAAGCUCUGAAUCGUGCUGAAGAUGAUUUCUACCAGAAAUUUGGACGUCUUCGUUCCUCAUGCAAAGUACAAGAGUAGAAAAGCAGAAGAGGAAAAGGAAGGUGAAAAGGAAUCCUUACAUUUGAACCCCGAGGACUUAGAAGUCAGGAGUCAGACACCUGCCUCUCCUCAUCAGAUUAUAAGCUCGUCGUAAAAGUCAUGAGAGUUUUGUUAAAAAGUGCCUUUGAGGAUUUUUGGUUUGCUUUCUUUAAGCUGAUAUGAUUGAUGUUGUCAAGCCUUUUACUGCAAGUAUGACACCUAGAAACUCUGCAAAUGGAAACUUAGGAUUUUCUUUUAGCUACUUGCCUACAGGAACUGAAGUUUUAGGGUAGACACUGAAUAAGACGUGAUGUGAAAUAGUUAGAGAUGGCAAUAUUUCAGUGGCAAGGAAGAGAGGG